UAGCAUUAUCACCUUUUCUAAAGAGUUGUGUCUUCUCAUGAUGUGACCAAAGUACGACAGCCUCAGCUUAGCCAUCUUUGCCUCCAGGGAAGUUUCAGGCUAGAACUGUCCCAUUUGUUCUUUUUGUUGUCCAUGGUAUCCUCAGCACUUUUCUCCAGCACAACAUCUCAAGUAAUUUUAUUCCCUUUUUGUCAAUUUUCUUGACUGUCCAGCUCUUGCAUCCAUUCAUAGUGAUGGGGAAUACUAUUGCUAGUAUGAUUCUGACUUUUGUGUUUUUAUAUCUUUGCUCUUUAGGACCUUUUCCAGUUCUUUCAUAGCUUCCCUCCCUAUUCUUUGACUUCUUACUCCUUCUGAUUUCUUGACUGCAAUAUCUGUUCCAAUCUAUGUUUGAUCCAAGGUAUAGGAACUCUUUUACUAUUGAACUUGUUAAGAUCCUCUGUUGUCACUCUGCUAACUUCUGGCGUUGUAAAAACCUGAUUGAACUUCCCAGGACAAGUUUCCUUGGUGCCUCUUUGGUGUUUGCUGGGCUUCCCCUCCCUGCCGGCUUCAGCUGCUCUGGGUGAAAUGAGGUCGAAGGCAUAGGGAGGGGACAGACCGGCUGCUGCGUGUGUGUACACUGUGCCAAGAGCCAGAAGACUGUUGAUAGCAGCAGCCAGACAAACAGGGCCUUGACAUUGUCGCUUCUGCAGCCUUGCCCAUAUGAAAUCCAGGGAUCUGCUUGGAAAAGAGCUCCAGACUCCUUGGGCUGGAGAUGGAAGCGGAGCUACCUGUCCUUGGAGAACAAGGAAGCUGGCAUAAGAUAACAAAGUUUACUUGAGGGAAUGCACGGAAGGCCUGCCAGAAGGGAGAGUGCCCAGACCUGGAGAAAGCAGAAAGACGAGUAACUUGUCAUCUUAGGACUGUCUGUGGAAGGAAGAAUGAUGUGGAAGACACUGUUGAUGCUAGAAGUAGGUGGAGUAGGGAGCCGGGCUCCCUGCGUGCUCCCGUUUUUUGUUCCUGCUCUCCGAUACCGGUCCUCUUCAGCUAUUGAUCAGCAGCAUGAACUGGCCCGUGAGCGAUCCAAGACGGUUACCUCCUUCUAUAACCAGUCAGCCAUUGACGUAGCAGCUGAAAAGCCCUCUGUGAGGUUGACCCCCACCACCAUGUUGUAUUCUGGACGUUCUCAGGAUGGGAGCCACCUUCUGAAAAGUGCCCGUUACCUGCACCAUGAACUUCCAGUCCGCAUUGCUCAUCGCAUCAAAGGCUUCCGGAGCCUCCCCUUUAUUAUUGGUUGCAAUCCCACCAUUCUCCAUGUGCAUGAGCUUUACAUCCGAGCGUUCCAGAAGCUGAGUGAAUUUCCCCCAAUCAAGGACCAAGAAGCUGAGGCCCAGUAUUGCAAACUGGUCCGCCAACUCCUAGAUGACCACAAGGAUGUUGUGACGCUAUUGGCUGAGGGCUUGCGGGAGUGUCGUAAGCACAUACAGGAUGAGAAGUUGAUCCGUUCUUUUCUGGACAAGACCCUCACCUCCCGCUUGGGUAUCCGGAUGUUGGCCAUACACCACCUUGCUUUGCAUGAGGACAAGCCAGACUUCGUUGGGAUCAUCUGUACUCGCUUGUCUCCGAAAAAAAUAAUUGAGAAAUGGGUGGAUUUUGCCAGGCGUCUCUGCGAGCACAAGUAUGGCGACAUGGCUCCUGCGGUGAGGCCUCAUGGCACUGUGGCAGCCCGCUUUUCCUUUCAUUGCUCCCAUGUCUUUUCUCUUGACUACAUCCUUCCAGAGCUGCUGACGAGGAUGCUAUGCGGGAGGCCACCAUGGAAAUCUCAUCUGGACACACCCUACAAUGUGGCCAAACGAUAGUCAUCACGCAUUGCCAACAAUGACAUUGACUUGAUCAUACGUUUCGGAUCGAGGGGGGUGGAAUUUCCUCAGGACCAUGGUGAGAAGUGCAGAUUAACCCACUUUACCACAGCAGAAGCGAGUAACCAGGACCCCCUAUGAAACUCCCUCUUUGGGAAUAUGUUAGAAAAGGGGGACAGUGCCCAAUCAGGGCCCAUUCAUGGGUUUGGCUUUGGGCUUCCCACCUCCCGUGCUUAUGCAGAGUACCUGGGUGGCUCCCUCACACUCCAGUCCAUGCAGGGGAUUGGUACAGAUGUGUACCUGCGCCUUAAGCACAUUGACGGCAAAGAGGAGAGUUUCCGCAUCUAGGAAGACAUCUCUCAAUGGGUGGUACUCCUCCUGGCUGAAUACCUACAUCCAGGCCCAAUUCUGCAAGAAUAUGCUCAUUGUCCUAUGGAUUCCUAAGAAUGGAUCAUACUGUUCUGAUGAAGCUUUUCUCUCCUCUUGGACCUCUGGAUGCUAUGAGAGAGGAUUUUGGGGCUCACGUUCCUGUGAAACUGCUGAUAGGACAUGGUGUCCUCUUCAAUUCCGGUCCUUCCUUUGAUCAUGCUUUAUGUUUAAUGACUUUUACCUUGAAGCCAGAUUUCUCUGAGAGCUUAUGGACAAGUUUUCACUCUCCAAGUGGGGAUUGUCUGAAGCAUUUGGCAUUUAGGCAAAACAAAGUCACUUUUUUGCAGCUCUCCUGUACACUGCCAUCUCCAUCCGCAUUCUUCUUCUGCUGAGCUUUUUUAUUGUUUCUCAGAGACAGCUGGGGAAGGGAAACCUUUUAGUCAUGCAUGUACAGAACCUGUUUGAACUUCUCAGGCUAUUCUGGAUCUGAAAGUAAAGAUUUACAUUGUAGCAUGUGGCACCAAAAAAACAAACAAACCCCAAACUCUUUUAUCUUACUACCUGAGUCUCAGCCGAGGACCUAUUUUAUUGCACCCUGUUUGGGAAACCAAGAUGUACACAUUGGACUGUCAGCAAAUCAAGACUUUUCAUAUGGCGCACAGCACCCUAGUAUCCUCAUCUUGGGAAGAAAAAACUGUCACAACACUGAGUUGUCAUAUUUUGUUGCCUCUGGGGUUGGUUCCAGAACAUUUCCCCUCUUUCCUACACAGUGAUGUAUUUUAUUUCCACCCUUAAUCUCUCCUUUCUUGAUUUAUUUUUUUACUUCAGGGAGCAGGUUAAUGAGGUUCUCUUUGCCCUUUCCCCUCCCUAUUCAGCAUUAGAGGGAAAGGGUUACAAAAAUAUUUGUCCUUUUUUUCUUUUUUCUUUUUUUGCUGUGAUACUCCAAUAAAAAAAGUGCAGAUUCAAAAAUCUA